CGCGCACUUGGUCCCUUCCACGAUGGCGGCGUUGGCGGUCCUGGCCCGGGCCGGGCAGGCCAGGCGUGCAGUGUGCGGCCCAGGUAGAAGAUGCUUACUCUCUGCAGCUUAUGUGGACAGCCAAAAAUGGGAGGCUAGAGAAAAGGAGCAUUGUGACAUGGCAGAGCUGAUUGGCCUGAUGGAGAGGACAUACGAAAAGAAGCUUCCCGUCAGUUCUCUGACCAUAUCCAGGGUUGUGGACAACAUUUCCUCCCGAGAAGAGAUAGACCACGCCGAGUAUUACCUUUACAGAUUUCGGCACAGUCCCAACUGCUGGUACCUCAGGGACUGGACGAUUCACAGCUGGAUCCGGCAGUGCCUCAAGUACAACGCCCAGGACAAAGCCCUGUAUACCCUCGUCAACAAGAUUCAAUAUGGAAUUUUCCCAGAUAACUUUACAUUCAAUUUGCUCAUGGAUUCUUUUAUAAAGAAGGAAAACUAUGAAGGUGCUUUGGCCGUGGUUAACGAAGUCAUGCAGCAGGAGGAAUUCGAUGUGGUGUCCACCCAACUUCUGUCCCUCUACAUCCUGUACAAGUGUCUGUCAGAGAGGUCGGAGCUCAAGUGGGAAGAGGAGAGAAACUUUGGUGCCUCCCUGCUGCUCCCUGGCCUGAAGCAGGAGAACACGGUGGGCUGGAGUUCCCGACUGUAUGGCUACGCCCUGCUGGGGAAGGUGGAGCUGCAGCGGGGGCUACGGGCCGUGUACCACGACAUGCCGCUGCUCUGGACCCCCGGAUACCUGGCCCGGGCCCUGCAGGUGAUGGAGGAGGCAGCCGCCCACCCUGGGGACGUGAAGCUCUGCAAAGAAGCGCUGGAUGUCUUGGAGGCGGUGCUGCAGGCUCCCCCUACUCCCCAAGCCGCCGAGCCCACCGCUGAUCCUGCCCAAGAGUCAGAGGAGGCCCAGGGAUUGGGACAGCUCCCGGAGAUACUGGACACCGAGGAAACAGAGCUGCUCAAGCUGCCCGGAUACCUGGAACGAUACAAGGCGUCGCUGGGGAAGCUGCAGUCGCUGGGCCGGGUGGAGACGGACGGGCUGCUGGCCCUGACCGCGCGGCUGGUCGAGGAGAAGCUUCCGGCGUGCGAGGCCGAGGACGUGGCGCGGUACGAGCAGAAGCUGCAGGAGUGGGAGCGGGAGCGGCUGCACCUCAUCCAGAGGGAGGCGGAGACCAAAGAGAUCGCGCGCCGUGAGCAAGAGGCCAGGAGGGCCGCCAGGGAAGCGGCCAAGACCUCGGUUUAGUGGGGCCCGUCCCCGGGGGCCACGGGAGGAACCUGGCUGGGCAGCCCCCGCCCCCCCCCCCCGCCCCCGUGCCCUUCCACCGCCCCCAAACCUUCUGUCGGAUGCUGUUGGAAUGGUGGCGGCCUGCUGGGGGAGUUGUGACUGAUGGGGCAGUUUGAGCAGUCCCCUCCUCUUGGGCUCCUGGAGCCUGGGGGUUCGGGUCAGAGUGACACCCUGGCUGGGGUCGGGCAGGGCGAGGCCGGCCUGCGGCCGCAAGAUUAACAAUAAAGCCAGGGGAAUGGCUCACUUGGACUCUGAGCCCAAAGGUGGGCUUUGACUCCGUAUGGUAGUCCGGUCGGACACAUUCGGCCGGAGACGCCCACCGGGCCUCCGAGACUCCGGGUCGACCCUCGGCGCUGCCCCGGCCGUCCAGGUGAGGAGUGGGAGAAAAGGUUUGUGGGGAAGGAACUGGCCCCUCCUGCCCCUGCCUUCCCCUCCCAUGCCCCCCGCCCUGCCAUCUGUCAGUAACGUGUUCUGGAAACGUGGAGCCGGGCGCCAGGAAUCUUUUGGGGUUCCUAGGAGAGGCAAGUAGUGGGGAAGCUGUAUCGGAUCCCAAGAUCGUUGUGUGACGGUCCCCUCUGCCAGGGCGGGGUCCCACCCCCGAUUCCCACCAUCCCAUCACCCGGGUCUCACCCGAGCGGGUGGGUGUGCCGGGGGUGGAAGAGGGUGUGCAUGAACCACACAAUAAAGAUUUGGAGUUUGCCGCUGCCA